AUGAGCAACGGCGGCAAUAGAAAUCGAGACAACCAAAAUAACCAAAACAAGCGAGACAGCUUUGGCCAAGGCCUGUCGAAAUGGGGUAUCGGCCAAGAUACCAAAUCUGGCGGGGGUUUUGGUGCCGGUUCGAGACGAGAUGACAAGCCUCCCAGAAGAGAGGGUGGCGGCAAGUCCCAAGCCGACGUCUUUGGCGCACCUCUUCAAUCGAGGGGAAGAGAUGCUCGAAAAGUGAGCGAAGAGCAGCCACAAAGCGGUGGCCAGGACGAAGGCAGUAGCUACGGAGGCGGGGCCAUGGAAGAGGAUGAUAAUGAUCGUCCUCGAGCCAGAAAGAAUCAUGGACGUGAAAGAAAAGGUCGAGGAGAAUCGCAUUCGCUGCUAGACCGGCUGAGGUCUGAUGGCGAGGACGCCUCCCUCCCCACUACCAAACACCAUCGCCGAAACCGCCAGCCCGAGCAACCCCAACCCGAACAACCUCGUAAACCCAAAGCGCCAAAGCCCAAGGUGGUCCCCGUCCGUCAAGAGAAGGAGGUGUACAUCCCUCGAACAGUGUCCACUGCCAACCUCGCAAAGAUCUUUGGGGUCAAGCUUUUCCCUCUGCAGGCAAAGAUGUUGCAGCUUGAGAUGACGGAGGAUGAAAGACGGCCUGAUUAUUUGCUUAGUGCGGAGCAGGCUUGUAAUAUCGCCAUCGAUUAUGGGUACAACCCGAUUGUGGACGAUGAGGCCAGUUUUGAUAUUUACCCAGAGCAAGUUGAUCUCCCUACUGACCCGGUUGAUGGUCCCCUGCAACCGCUUCGACCCCCAGUUGUCACGAUUAUGGGCCACGUCGACCACGGCAAGACCACCCUCCUCGACUCUCUCCGACACACCUCGGUAGCAGCCUCCGAAGCCGGCGGCAUCACCCAGCACAUCGGUGCAUUCUCCGUCCCCCUCUCUUCCCUUCUCCCCUCUGCCGACCCCAACGCUUCGGCAGCGACCAUCACCUUUCUCGAUACACCCGGGCACGCUGCAUUCACCGCUAUGCGCGCGAGGGGCGCUUCGGUGACCGACCUCGUCGUGCUGGUGGUAGCCGCCGACGACGGCGUCAUGCCUCAGACUCGAGAAGUGCUCGACCUCGCCAAGAAUGCCGGCGAUACCCUCGGUCUCGUCGUUGCGAUCAACAAAUGCGACAAGCCCGGAGUCGAUUUCAACAAGAUCAAAAGCGCGCUCGGUGCCGAAGGCAUCUUUCUGGAAGAAGAUGGAGGUGAUGUGCCGAGUGUGAAAGUUUCGGGGUUGAAGAAGACCGGGUUGGAUGAUUUGGUGGAGACGUUGUCGACUUUGGCGGAGAUUAGGGAUAUGAGGGCGAGGAGGGAUGGAAAGGCCGAGGGAUACGUUUUGGAGUCUCGUGUGGACAAGGGUCGAGGCAACGUUGCCACGGUGCUCGUCACAAAGGGCACUCUCCGCACCGGCUCCUCAAUCGUAGCUGGCACCACCUGGUGCCGUGUCCGCCAAAUGCAAGACGACAAGGGCAAACCCAUCCGUGAAGCUCCUCCUGGUACACCCGUCUCUGUCACCGGCUGGAAAGAGCUGCCUUCUGCUGGUGACGAGCUGCUCGAAGCGGUCAAGGGCGAGGACGAAGCAAAGAAGGCCGUCGGCAACAGGAAACGGGAUAUAGAGAGGAAAAAGUUGAUGAAGGAUGCCGAGCAGAUUAACGCCAAGCGGAGAGAAGAGAGGUUGAGGGUUGAGGCGGAGACUGCAGCCGCUGAAGCGGCGGAGAAUGGCGAGGUGGUCGAAACUGUCAGGGAGGUCAAGGAUGAUUUCAAGACUCUGAGGUUGAUCAUCAAGGCGGAUGUGAGUGGGACGGUAGAGGCGGUGGUUGGUUCUCUGGAGCAUAUUGGGAACAAGGAAGCUGGGGUCAGGAUCAUCCAGACUGGCGUUGGGGAGGUCAAUGAGAAUGAUAUCGCUCUCGCCGAGACUUCUGAUGCCAUGAUCAUCGGCUUCAACGUCUCGGCCCCUCGAGCCAUCCAGACCCUCGCCAAGAACACAAACGUGCCCCUCCAACUCGAAUCCGUCAUCUACCGCCUCAUCGAAAAAGUCCGCCACGACGUCGCCGCCCUCCUACCUCCCACCAUCGAAUAUUCUGUCAAGGGCGAAGCCUCUGUGCUUCAACUCUUCCAGAUCAACGUCAAGAGAAAGGAAUUCAUGACGAUUGCGGGCUGUAGGGUGAAUAAUGGCGUUCUAGACAAGUCGCAGGGUGUGCGGGUGCUGAGAGGUCCGGACAGAAAGGUCGUCUUUGAGGGCUCGAUGGGGACGUUGAAGCAUCUCAAGAAGGAUGUUCAGGAUGUGAGGAAGGGUAUGGAGUGUGGUAUCGCCCUGGAAGGCUUCACCGAUAUCAAAGAGGGAGAUGAGAUUGUGACUUUCGUCAAGGUGGAAGUGCUUAGAGAGUUGUAA